UAAUCCAUAAGUCAACUCUGUGAUGGAGACAGAUGAGUUGAGUUAUGAUCUUCUUGAUUUUGAUUCUUGUGUUCAUUCAUUAUGAUGGAUCUCUCUCUCAUCUUCCUUCUUCUCUCUCUCCAUCUCUCUCUUGCAUCCGCCGCUCUCUUCCCGGAGUUCAUAUAUCCAAAUUUCACAGCCACACAUCUCAAAUUCAUCGACUCCUCCGGCGCGUUCCUCGUCUCCCGGAAUGGAACGUUCAAGGCCGCCAUGUUCAACCCCGGGGCUCAGCAGCUCCGGUUCUACUUCUGCGUCAUCCACGCCGCGUCCAACGUUGUCACCUGGUCCGCCAACCACGACGCGCCCGUGUCGAAGUCCGGGAGCAUGAUGCUAACGAGAAACGGCCUUGCCGUGGCCGACGAACAUGGGAGCGUCAAGUGGUCCACUCCGGCCUUCAAAUCCCCAGUCUUUGCCCUGCAGUUGACAGAGACUGGAAACCUCAUGGUCCUUGACCAAUUCAACGCGUCUCUGUGGGAGAGCUUCAAUUCUCCCACAGACACGGUUGUGAUGGGACAGAGGUUGCAUAUAGGGACAACUCUCUCGAGUUCUAUAUCGGCCGACGAUCUAUCGACAGGCGGAUACAAACUUGUCCUGACGGAUUCUGACGCCGUCUUGCAGUGGAGGAAUCUGACGUAUUGGAAGAUGUCGAUGGACGUGUCGGUGUAUGUGAACUCCUUUGCGAUGGUCGGGUUCAUGGAGAUGAACCAGUCGGGAGUCUACCUGUCUGACCACGACGGAUCUUCCGUUGUGGUCAGACUGAGUCUGCCACCGGACACUGGCUUCAGACUAGCCAGGAUUGACCAGUCUGGCCAGUUCUCCAUCUUAAGCUACUCAGGAGCAACUCAGAAGAAGGAUUUCGUCAUGCCUGUUGAAAAGUGUCGUGUCCCGGUCGUCUGUGGGACGAACGGAUUGUGUAGCCGUGGGGCAUCUGCAGACAGUCCUGUCUGCACAUGCCCCACUGGCUUUCGAGCAACUCCAAAUAAUUCGACCUUUUGCGUUCCAUCUGACAGUGCUUACUCGUUACAUGUUUCCUGCGGCCAGUCUGAUCUGCCGGAGAGUUCAAAUUCUUCGAAUUCAAACUACUUGCAGCUCGGCCACGGUGUAGACUACUUUGCGAACGAGUUCGUCGCGCCUCAGAAUUAUGGGGUGGAUGUGUCGCAUUGUAAAAACCUCUGUUCAGAAGAUUGUUCUUGCUUGGGAUUCUUCUUUGAAAAUUCGUCCGGUUCGUGUUACAGGCUUGAAGGUGCGGUCGGAUCAAUGAUGAUGAGGGCCACGAGCAGCCGCGUGGGGUACGUCAAGGUUGUUGUGCGAUCCGCACCGCCGGGUUUUGGUGGUUCGGACCAUGAAGAGGGGCUACCUUUAGUUGCAGUGGUGCUACUACCUACUAGUGGACUCUUUGUUUUGUUUGUUAUUGGCAUUCUUCUGUGUAGAAAGUAUAGCCGAAUCGAGGUCGACUUCGUGAACAAUUCGAAGACCUAUUCGAAGUCCAUGUCGUUCGAUGAUCUCGAAUUCUCAAUCCCUGGUCUACCCCUGAGGUUCGACUACGAGGAGAUUGAACGAGCAACGGAGAAUUUCAAGACGAAGAUUGGAACCGGUGGGUUUGGAACGGUAUACAAAGGCAUGCUUAAAGACAAAUCACUUGUUGCUGUGAAGAGGAUUACUAAUUUGGGAGUGAGAGGUAAGAGUGACUUUUGCACUGAGAUUGGUGUGAUUGGAAGCAUUCAUCAUCUCAAUUUGGUGAAAUUGAGAGGCUAUUGCACUCAAAGGAGGCAAUGGCUCUUGGUGUACGAGUAUAUGAACCGCGGCUCGCUCGAUAAGACCCUGUUCGGGAAUGGCCCGCCUCUCGAGUGGGAGGAGCGGGUCGAGAUCGCGCUCGGGGCCGCGCGGGGGCUCGCCUACUUGCACAGCGGGUGUGAGCACAAGAUCAUUCAUUGCGACGUGAAGCCAGAGAACAUACUCCUGCACGACCAAAAUCAGGCGAAACUGUCUGAUUUUGGCCUUGCUAAGCUUCUCAGUCGUGAAGACUCCAGUCUCUUCACGACCAUGAGAGGCACUCGGGGCUACCUGGCGCCGGAGUGGCUUACGAGCUCCACAGUCUCAGACAAGACUGAUGUGUAUAGUUACGGAAUGGUGCUACUAGAAAUUGUUAGCGGGAGGAAAAAUUGUAUGACGAGGGCGAGGAGCCAUAGCCUCGACGAGGACAACUCCUCCCAAGGAACCGCACCAUGCGAGUUCGUUUACUUCCCACUCUACGCAUUAGAGAUGCACGAGCAAGGGAGGUAUUCGGAGCUAGUCGACCCGAGAUUAGUUGGUAGAGUGACGAGCCAGGACGUGGAGAAAUUGGUGCGUGUGGCGUUGUGUUGUGUUCAGGAGGAGCCAGGGCUCAGGCCGUCCAUGACGAGCGUGGUUGGUAUGCUCGAGGGAAAAACACCGUUGGGCGCCGUCGAGAUCGAAGCGCUCAACUUUUUGCGAUUCUACGGCCGAAGGUUCGUCGAGUCAUCUGUUGCACCGGAAUCCGGAGCGCUUAGUGACGUUAUGGUGUUUCCAGAUGCAAAUGUUUCACAUGGUAGCAAUGUAUCUAUGUCUACUGCAGCUUUUUCUUUCAUCUCAUCCCAGAAUAUCUCUGGUCCAAGAUAAAGAAUAUAGCUUACAUAUUUAUAUAUUUGUUAUUCACAUUUCUAAGAUGUAAAUUUGUUUCUUGUUGCAUAUACAUGUAUAAGAGAGAGUGUAUUAUUUUUGUGUGAUUUUGCUAGAUUAAUUCUCAAGCUACCUAGCAAAUGAAAUCAUUUAGUAAGUCGGUUUCUAUGUCCAA